GCGCCUCGCUGCUUCCAGGUUACAGUUUUUUCACUCCAUCGUCAUCCUCGCUCGCGCUCUAGCAUCACUCCCUGACAACAGCAGCGAUGGCGGAGCCCGAAGCAUCAGCGGCCGCAGCGUCCCCGGGCCUCUCCCCGGCAGGCAGCCCGGGCUCGGAGCCUCCCUCUAUGGCUCUGUCUCCCACGCAGGACGGCUCACAGCGGCUGCUCUUCUCCCACGACCUGGUCUCCGGGCGGUAUCGCGGCUCAGUCCGGUUUGGCCUCGUACGCAUGAUCCACGGCGAGGAGGAUUUUAACUCAGACUCGGACCUCGACGAUGGCGGAGGGAGAGGAGGAGGAGGAGGUGGAGGAGGGGGUGGAGGAGGAGGAGGAGGACGAGUCCAGUGUGGGUCGGACACUGAGAGCGCUGUGGACACCCCCAGUCGGCCUCUUGGGAGGGGGUUCGUCCGCGUCCAGUGGUACCCCGAAGGAGGGAAGCAGGACAUCAGGGAGACAAAGUUGAAACUUGAAGACCGAUCGAUAGUCAUCAGAGACAUCGUGCGACGAAAGAAUUCCAACGACAACCAGUGUGGCAUCGUCACCAACAUCGACAUCGAGUGUGCGGUGAAACUGGUGGGAACAAACUGCGUUCUGUAUCCAGUGAACAGCAGAGACCUGCAGCACAUCUGGUCCUUCAUGUACGGCGACUACAUCGCCUACGACUUCUGGCUGGGGAAAGUUUACGACCUGACCAAUCACAUCAUACUCAAGCUCUCCAACGGAGCCAGGUGCUCCAUGAGCGUGGAGGACGGUGCCAAGCUUUACGACGUCUGCCCACAUGUCAGUGAUUCGGGUCUGUUCUUCGAUGAGGCGUACGGUUUCUACCCGGGUCAAGUCCUGAUCGGACCAGCCAAAGUCUUCUCUAAUGUACAGUGGCUGUCAGGGGUCAAACCUGUCCUCAGCAGGAAGUGCAAGUUUAGGGUGGUGGUCGAAGAGGUCAAAGUGGUGGAGCUGAAGGUGACGUGGAUCACUAAGAGCUACUCGCCCAAAGGUUCUGACAGCGUCUAUCCCCCUCCCUCCACCAUCACGCAGGAAAACCUCUGCAGGGUGAGGCGUCUCGGCUACUACGACCACACCCAGAGGCAGCUGGGAGAGCGGGCUCUUUAUAUUUUCCCUGCCAAGGGGGACGCCACGCGCAUCACCUGUGAAGGACCCGAGGGGGCCCCGGUCCUGCCUGAGGACCCCGUGGCAAGAAAGUUAAAAAGGAUGUUCAAGAAGGACGCGGGGAAGAAGACGGAAAACGCAGACACACAAGGCGAGCACAAACCGGAGCAGACGGACUCAUCUCAUCCCAAAAACAACGGUCCCGUGGUGCCCAACCAGAACCCUCAGGACCCCCAGAACGCCAACGACAACUCGGCCGAACACGGAGAGCAGGACGCCGACGACGAGGCCGCGGAGGACACUGACGACACCAGCUCUCUGACGUCCUCGGCCAGCUCCACGGCGUCCUCGCAGAGCGGCGGUCUGGGCGCCAACCGUAAGAAGAGCAUCCCGCUGUCCAUCCGUAAUCUGAAGAGGAAACACAAGAAGAAGAGGACGAAGUUCUCACGCGAGUUCAAGCCCGGAGACCGGGUGGCAGUGGAGGUCGUCUCCACAAAGACCACGGCGGAUGUGAUGUGGAAGGACGGUCGGGUGGAGAAGGGGAUCCGAUCAAACGACCUCAUCCCCAUCCAGCACCUCGACAGCCACGAGUUUUGUCCGGGGGACUUCGUAGUCGACAAAAGACCCCAAGCCCUCCAGGACCCGGGGGUCUACGGCGUGAUCCAGUCUGGUGACCACAAAGGCAGAACGUGCGUCGUCAAGUGGAUCAAACUGAACUCGAGCAGCGACGACGUCGAGGUCAUCGGUAUGGAGGAGGACGUCAGCGUGUACGACAUCGCAGAUCACCCAGAUUUUCACUUCCGCACAACCGACAUCGUCAUCAGAAUAUGGAACUCGGAGACCGGACAGAACGACUGCGAAAACGAGACGUCGGUGGGUCAGGUGUCCCGGGUGGACGUGAGCAGCAAAGUGGAGGUGGUGUGGGCGGAUAACUCCAUGACCAUCGUCCUGCCGCAGCACCUCUACAACGUGGAGUCUGAGAUCGAGGAGACGGACUACGACUCGGUGGAGGAGACGAGCAGCGUGCUGUCCACCGAGGAGUGGGAGGACGAGAGCGACAGCUGGGAGACGGACAACGGCCUCACCACCGAGGAAGACAGCCACGCCGCCAUCAACGCCGAGGUCGUCGACGCCACGACCCCGACGCCAACGCCCACCGGCUGCUCGUCGUUCAUCAUCCCGCCUGCAGAGGGCGCCAAAGUCACCAGCCCAAUGAGAGGCGGGGCCGAGGAGGAGGGGGAGGGGUCUGUGGCCGCUGCUAGUCCUGCUUCAGGAGGAGGAACUACUCCCGGCGCCGUGAACGGAGCGGAGAAGCCCGGUAAGGACGGCGCCUCUCGCGGCUUCAGGGAGCUAAAGGAGGCCUUGAAGAUCCUGGAGAGCCUGAAGAACAUGACCGUGGAGCAGCUCUGGACCGGAGGCUCUCCGACCUCGCCGACCUCCGCCGAGCCCGCCUCGACGGCUCACGUGGCGCCCUCCUCGGUGACGCCGACGGCGCCCGAGAAACCCACCAAGGAGAAGCGCUUCCUGGACGACAUCAAGAAGCUGCAGGAGAACCUGAGGAAGACGCUGGACAACGUGGCCAUCGUGGAGGAGGAGAAGAUGGAGGCGGUGGUGGAGGCCGGGGUCAGCGGAGGGGCGGGGACGGAAGUAGAGCGAGCUGGAGAGGAGAAGCCUCAGCCCGACCCGCAGACUCCAGUGGGAGGACCGGAGUGGCCCAGCGAGUUUCUCAGCGACACGCCCGUACUGUGCCAACAGAGCGGCGGGAAACCCGGCGUCACCUUCACCAGCGCCAAGGGAGAAGUGUUCUCUGUGCUGGACUGGGCUCCAGACACACACUCGUUUAAGAAAAUGGAGUUCCAGCCGGCCGAGGCGAAGAAGUUUUUCAGCACAGUGAGGAAGGAGAUGGCUCUGCUGGCGACGUCUCUGCCCGACGGCAUCAUGGUCAAAACAUUUGAAGACCGCAUGGACCUGUUCUCGGCUCUGAUCAAAGGGCCGACCCGCACGCCCUACGAGGACGGCCUCUUCCUGUUCGACAUCCAGCUGCCCAACAUCUACCCGUCUGUGCCGCCGCUGUUCCGCUACCUGUCGCAGUGCAGCGGCCGCCUCAACCCCAACCUCUACGACAACGGCAAAGUGUGCGUCAGCCUGCUGGGCACCUGGAUCGGCAAGGGCACCGAGAGAUGGACCAGCAAGUCCAGCCUGCUGCAAGUCCUUAUUUCCAUACAAGGCCUCAUCCUGGUCAACGAGCCGUACUACAACGAGGCGGGCUUUGACAGCGACCGCGGCCUGCAGGAGGGCUACGAGAACAGCCGCUGCUACAACGAGAUGGCCCUGAUCAAGAUGGUCCAGUCCAUGACGACCCUCCUGCAGAACCCCGUGGAGUUCUUCAAGCAGGAGAUCCAGGAGCACUUCGCCUCCAACGGCUGGCGCCUCGUCCACCGGCUGGACGUCUGGCUCGAGCUGAACGAGGCCGCCGAGAGGAGCCACGCCGCCCACGUGACCUACAGACACUCGAAGGAGCGUCUGGACGAGCCCGUGGCGGUGGCCCACAGCAGCCCCAGCAAGCCCGGGGAGGAGGGCGGGGUCACGGGGGUCAGCAGUAUUAUCGAGGAAGACCUGGAGGACUCAGGUCUGAGCCCGUCCACUGUGGCGCCCCCGCAGCAGGACCUGAGCCAGAACUCAGACUGCGACAGCACCCAGGGGAGCGCCACGCUGCCCGGCGCCGUGGUCCGCGGCGGGACGUCAGAAUCGUCGGGUCCGGUCAGCGGCGGAGGGGCGGUCUCGGCGGCGAGCCAGCCCGUGGUGCGACCAAAGAAACGGAGAAAGAGCUACAGGAGCUUCCUCCCCGAGGGCAGCGGCUACCCGGACAUCGGCUUCCCGCUCUUCCCGCUCUCUAAGGGUUUCGUGAAGAGCGUGCGAGGCGUGCUGCUGCAAUACCGAGCUGCGCUGGCCGCCGCCGGCAUCGCCGAGCACAUAGAGGACAAUGACUCUGCAGACGAGUGUGAUGCAUAAAGAGGGAGGGGGACGCACGCAGGUAAACACAAAGGAGGUCAAAGGUCAGGACAGAACGAGAGGAUCUUCUUCACCUGCACUCGUUACCGUGGAGGUCAAAGACGGCUGAAUAAACGACGACCUCUCGACUGAUCUAUGUGUAGCACUACUGAAACUUAACGCUGUAACCAUCCUGCACUACAACGAGGACACUCUGACCCCGGGAGGGGGGGGGGGGGGGGGGGGGGCGUCGGGGAAAACGCCCCCGACCACGGCGGUUUGUUUAUAGUAGGAGAAGAAGUCACUGGUUGUUAAAACGCUUUCUGCCAAAUCCUCUCUGUCCACACACACACACACACACACACACACACACACACACACACACACACACACACACACACACACACACACACACACACACACACACACACACGUUUAAGUAGAGCGUACUGAAUGUCAGAUAAACUGCCAAACACCACGACCGCUUCAACACUUCUUCCACUGCACUCGUCUCCGUCGGGUCACGCUGAAACACGGAGCGACCACGUUUACAUCUCCAUCACCUCCGGAGGUCAGAGCGCCGCAGCAGCGGGCGUGUGACGGCGUGUGAUGUGUGGAGUUCACUUCCUGUAGAGUUUAGUAACAGCGGGAUGGGAACUCAUGCUUUUGGUGUUUUGAUGCGUUUCAGCGCGGGAUUCGAACCCGCCAUGCUCCACUUUUCUUCUCACUGCGAACGACACAAAUUAAAUGAUAAAGAAAAAAAAAACAGUAAGCGUCCAUUCCGUCAUCUGUCGUCGACAUGUUGCCUUACUUGAAUCUUGUUCUUUCUGAUCUCAGACCAUCGUGUACAGAGCUGCUUCACCACGCUUUAAACAUUAAACCCUGCAGACCCCCAUAGACCCCCUCAGACCCCCACAGACCCACUCAGACCCCCAUAGACCCCCUCAGACCCCCAUAGACCCCCUCAGACCCCCACAGACCCACUCAGACCCCCAUAGACCCCCUCAGACCCCCACAGACCCCCUGAGACCCCCACAGACCCCCAUAGACCCCCUCAGACCCCCACAGACCCCCUCAGACCCCCUCAGACCCCCAUAGACCCCCUCAGACCCCCACCAGUUCUCUUCUCCCCGAUCUCUACAUUGGUUUGGGUUUGUUGGUUUGCUGAUGAUCACUUCCUGUUCUCCCCGACUUUAAACAUCUCGACCAAUGAGAGGAAAGACUAAUCUUCCUCUGAAGCCUUUUCCACACAUGCACUCCUGGAAGUUUCUAGAUAUACGUUCAGGAGAGACGGGAGACUUUCCCAGUCUGACCCUCUGUAAAAUAGAUGAACGGCGCUCCCCAGAGUGCGGCGCCAUAAUGACAGUUUUUGUCUUCUUGUAAUUGGACGUUUUCAAAGUUUCAACAAACGAGCCCAAAGAGCGUUGAGCAGCUUCUUUUUUUGUGCACAUAAAUCUUAUGACCGUCAUGACCCCUCCCGCUCGCCUGUGAGUACUUCCUGCUCGGUCUCACAUCCGCUCACCCUGAUUUUUUUUUUUGAACGAGGGGGGCUCGCAGGAAACAGUCCGGUUUAUGUCGGGGGUGAAUCACUCGCCCGCCGUGUCCGGAGAGUUUCAGGAGUUUUUUUGCGCGUGUGAAAAACAGUCGAUGAUGAUGAUGUCACUCCAUGUGGUCGGACUGUGAUGUCAUGAACUGUGAUGUCAUGAACUGUGAAAUAAGUGAAUCUCACCUUCUGGUGCUUCCUGGGGUUAUCACAUGCGUCUUUGUUUACAUCUUUUUUUGUUCUGCAUUCCAUGUCUGACGUUGUUUAAUAAAUAAUAAUAAUUAAUGAAGAAUUCUCAUUGUUAAAAAAACGGAUGAGUUUGACCUCCUGGUGCUCGCUGUGUGCGACGCAAACCGGACGGCGUCGACUCGUCUGGUGUUUAACUUGAACUAAGAUGCUGAAGCGUGUUGAGCACAUUGUGCCAUGUGGAGCUGUGGGAGCUGUGGGAGCUGUGGGAGCUGUGGGAGAGGAUGAAGAGCUGCUGUGUUUCAAAAAAAGGAGAGGACCAGAAUCAGGGUGUUUUCUGUUUGCUUCGUCUUCCUUUCCAAACCGUCGGCCAUGACACUUUGUCCUCUUCCUGGUUUUCACGCCGUUGUCUUUUCUUUUCGCUGCCUUUAAAGCCACAGACGGACGGACGCCUCUGUGUGAUUUCUUCUUCUUCUUCGCUGGCUGCUGUAGCAUGUAGCCUCGUUUGCUUCUUCUUCUUCUUCUUUCCUCCACUCGCUUCCUUCCUGUAAAACAUCGACUCCAUUCUUCUCUGAGGAGGAGUGUGAUUUUGGUAUUUUGUUUUCUGGGUGCGAGAUUUUUGGGAAGUUCAAACCAUGGACUGUAUAUGAAAUAUGGACAACACUUCUCCGUCUUUAUGUGAGUUACAAUGUGAAGCCAAAAUCCCCCUGACGUGUUGCACUGGUGAUCUAAGUUGGUGCAGAGAUGUGUUGAUUUUUAUGAUGCUUGAGUUUUAUCUGACGGUGUGAGAGAGUUUAGUUCCCGCGCUGAGUGAGAGAGAAAACAUUCUUCUUAUUUAUUGCGAUAAAGUCUGACCUUUGCGCCAACGUUCAAACUGCGAUUUAUUGUGCAGAACGUAAAGAACGCUGCAGGAGCCGCAUUUCUCAACAGAGCGGUCAGUCGUUUAAUCCGCUCCUGGACAUAAAUCAGCGUGAGAAGAAAACAUGUUUGAGAAUUAUUUGCCGUGUUUUUUUUUAGUUUUGAAGUUUCCUCACAUGUCGAGGCGCCUCUGGCCUAGUGGUUAAUUCACGCGCUUCAUGUACGGAGGCUAAAGUCCUGGAGGUGACCCAGGUUCAUUCAUCCUGCGGCUAUGUCAUCCCUCUCUCUCUCUCUUUCUCACUCCCCCCCAAUUUCACUCUCUAUCCACUUCCUGUCUGUGGCCAUUAAAGGAGGCGGGGUUAAUGACCUGUGCUGCAGCCAGUCAGCAGGGGGAGCUCUAAAUCUUUUGGCUUCCCUCUUGAGGAGCUCUCGUGCUGUCCAUUCUUCAUACAGUCGAUGGUUCAAACACGUCUUCAGAGAGUUGGGAGGGCGAUGUUUUCUCUCCGUCUUUUCAUCCUCAAAACGUAAACAGGAAGUGAGAACUGCUCUCGCUCGAUCUGGAUGAAGCACAUGAUGCUAUGUACAAUUUUCUGUGUAUGUGUAUAUUAUUCAGAUUGAACCCAUUAUUCUUCUUAUUAUUAUUCUGAUGAGACGUUUGUUUUACAGCCAAAGCAUGUAACAUGUUGCUUUAAGCCUUCUGAGCGGGCGACACCAGACUUGACUGUACGAUGUCUACAUUUCCACAGUGGCCUGUUAUUGAAAUAUUAAAAAGAAGUACUAAUAAAGUUAUGAUUUGUAGCCUGAUUCCCUCUGUACAGAUGUCAUGACUUCCAUCAGAAUAUAUAAAUAUGGACGUACAUGCAGAAUUUAUUGAACACACACUGGAGUUCUAAGGAGGAGUCCCGCGGAUGCUUGGAGGCGUAAAUGUACGACAUGCUGAGUGUGAUAUUGUACCUUUUUUGAUUUCUUUUUUUAAUGCUUUACUUUUGUUGCUUUCAGACGACUGUAUAGUGAUGUAUUAAACUUUGCAAGCAGUACCAUAGAAA